AUUUAUUAACAACAAUCCUUUGGUAAUAACUCUCUCUCUCUUGUCUCUCUUUUUCUCCUUUUUCUCCCCCUCCUUGGAGAGAGCACCUUAUGCUGAUUCGUCUCCUUGUCUUCCUCAAAUCGUGAACCCAAAAAAUUCAGAUUUAGAUAUCUGGGUAUUGUAGAGAAUCGUGGAUCAUGGCGGUUGUUGAGAGUGGAGUAGCUGCAGAUUCAGGAGCCGUGGUCCAGCCGACAAGUCAAGAUUCGGAUGAUCAGAACCAUCAGUCGUCAAGGAUCGAGGUUGGGGAGGAGGAGGGGCUGUACAGCAAGAUCGGAUCCCAUCCGGGGAGAUCGGAGGGGUCAGAUGGUGGGGAGAGCUACAAGCGUGAGAUGAGGGAGCUCCAGGAGCUUUUCUCCAAGCUCAAUCCCAUGGCUGCUGAGUUCGUUCCUCCCUCCCUCUCUAAACAACCCAACGCUGCUUUCUUCUCUAACAACGCCUUUCCUGCUGCCGGAAAUGCCCCCCUUGAAGUCAACGCCUACGGUCACGACACCGCCGGUUUCCGACGGAAGAAGAGCUUUGGUCAAGGGAAACGGAGGAUGAAUGCUCGAACAAGCAUGGCUCAGCGAGAUGAUGUCAUCCGAAGAACCGUCUAUGUCUCUGAUCUCGAUCAACAGGUCACUGAAGAGCAGCUUGCUGGUUUGUUUGUUAACUGUGGACAGGUUUGUCUCUCUCUUUCAAAAAGAAAAAAAAAAAAAAAAACUCAAAUCAUUGGGUUUGUGUGUGUUAACUGUGUGUUUGGUUAUAAGCAGGUUGUUGAUUGCCGCAUAUGUGGUGACCCGAACUCAGUACUUCGGUUUGCUUUCAUUGAAUUCACUGAUGAAGAGGGUGCGAUGACUGCUCUGAAUCUAUCGGGGACUAUGUUGGGAUUCUAUCCUGUGAAAGUCCUUCCAUCUAAAACAGCUAUUGCACCUGUUAACCCCACUUUCUUGCCCAGGACUGAAGAUGAGCGAGAGAUGUGUGCAAGAACUAUCUAUUGCACUAACAUUGACAAGAAGGUGACUCAAUCAGACGUGAAGAUUUUCUUCGAAUCCUUCUGUGGAGAGGUUCUCCGUCUGAGGCUCCUUGGCGAUUAUCAACACUCGACUCGUAUUGCUUUUGUAGAGUUCGUGAUGGCUGAAAGCGCGAUAGCAGCUCUCAACUGCAGUGGAGUUGUUCUAGGUUCUUUACCGAUAAGGGUGAGUCCUUCAAAGACACCUGUUCGUCCCAGAUCACCGAGGCAUCCAAUGCAUUGAUCUUAGCGUUACACGUUUCUUCCACAUAUGUCUCUAUAUAUAUAUAUAUAUGUGUGUCUCGCUCUCUCUUGCGAAACUGCAUACACAGACAUGUAAAGAUGUUUGUUUGCAUCUCUUUGUUUUGGGAAUGUAACUCUGGGAUCUGAUGAUGCUUCUUCCCUUUACCUUUUGUCUUGCCUUGAGAGUUUUCGAUGUCACUCUUUUAAUGUCAAAGAGCUUUGAACCA